GCAAAGAGGAUAAAAUCGCCAUGAAAAUGGAGACUAUGCGUUUGCUGCUGGUACUUAUUAUAGCACCAACGGUCAUAGGAUCCCUCACGGAUUUUUUAAGAAGCAUCUUUCGUUUGGGAAGGAACGAUGUUGUUAAACAUGGGAUAACGUAUCCUGCAACGUAUAGUGGAAUAAGAAGUCAGCCUCGACUUCCGGAUCAUUUUCCAUUUCCCUGCAACACUCGACUAGGGAGAUCAUUAUCGACGCCUGAUAAUGUGCAUCGCCUGAGACCAGGCGACAUAGAUAUCGUCGGUGGUCUCGGCGAUUCGUUAAUAGCCGGAAGUGGAGCUUUGGAAGAAUUUGCAAUAGGAACAUUUAUAGAAGCACGCGGAGUUAGCUGGUGCGUGGGCGGUCAAGGUGAUUGGAGACGGUUCUUAACCGUUCCUAAUUUACUGAAGAUGUUCAAUCCUAAUUUAACUGGCUACUCCACGGGUACGGGUGAAUUUAUCUCGUCGAAAGCCAAGCUAAACAUCGCGUUUCCUGUCGCGGCUACCGAAGAUGCACUGCAACAAGCACGAAUCCUCGUUCAAAGAAUCAGAAACGACGCCAAAGUAAACGUGAACGAGCAGUGGAAGCUCGUAACGAUAUUCUUUGGCGCAAACGAUAUUUGCUCCGCUCAAUGCUAUAGUCCCACACAAUUUUCACCAGCUCGAUACGCUCUCCAUUUGCGAAGAGCUCUGGAUUUUUUGAAAAUAACUCUACCUCGAACUCUAGUCAACGUUGUGCCAGUUAUAGACGUCACAGUCUCUGUUAGAGUUCCACGAAGUGCUAUGUGCAAUAUUUUGCAUCCACUUUACUGCGCUUGUAUGCACAAGGGUACUCGACCGGACAUAACUGCAUCAAAAAUGGCGUAUUUUUAUCAGCAAGCCAUAGAAAAUCUAAUCUACUCUGGAAGAUACGAUAAGUCUGCAGAUUUUACAGUAGUAUUGCAACCGUUUAUGAAAUUAUUUAAUGCUCCAAAUGCGGAUCCACGCAAAGCAUCGCCAAUUGAUCCUACUUUAGUCACGCACGAUUGUUUUCAUUUCAGUCAAAAGGGCCACGCAUUGGCCGCGAACCUUCUUUGGAACAACAUGCUGGAAGCAGUUGGAAAUAAAACGGAUCGAGGGCUGCCUGAAAUAUUCGAAAGGAUUUUAUGCCCGACAGAAAGGGCGCCAUAUAUCUUUACAAACGUAAAUUCAAGGCAUUUCCAAAUGACAGGAAGCCAGGAGGAGAUCGUGCCAAGAUAA